AUGACCCCACCUAAAGAAGCUUUAGAAUUUCUUGAUUUCGUGAAUGCCUCACCAUCGCCCUUCCAUGCCACCCAUGAAGCCGUUAAGCUUCUUAAACAGGCUGGCUUCAAAGAAUUGAAGGAACGAGACAACUGGAACGAAGGCAAAAUUAAGAACGGUGGCAAAUACUACUUUACACGCAACGGCAGCUCCGUUGUAGCCUUUGCUGUUGGCGAAAAGUACAAGUCUGGUAAUGGCUUCUCCAUUAUCGGUGCUCAUACCGAUUCACCCUGCCUAAAGGUUAAGCCUGUGUCAAAGAAGGAGAAAGCUGGCUACCUUGAAGUCGGUGUUCAACUGUACGGUGGUGGUAUCUGGCACACUUGGUUCGAUAGAGAUCUCAGUGUUGCUGGACGUGUUUUGAUUGCUCAUGAGGACGGCACUUUCAAGCAUACUUUGGUCAAGGUUGAUAGACCCAUCCUUCGCAUUCCUACAUUGGCCAUUCAUCUUGACCGUGGCGCUGCUACUGAGUUCAAAUUCAAUUCUGAAGCUCAAUUGACUCCUAUUUUGGCCACUGCUACCAAGUCUGCAUUGAAUGGUACCGAUAAGCCUUCUGACGAAAACGCUGAGUCAGAGAAGAACCACCACCCUGUACUUAUCAAGGUUUUGGCCGGAGAGCUUAACGUGAAACCUGCGCAGAUUCGCGACUUUGAAUUGGCUUUAUACGACACUCAGCCUUCCGCUAUUGGAGGAGCCUUCAACGAAUUCAUCUAUUCUCCAAGAUUGGACAAUCUUGAGAUGUCCUUCUGCUCUAUUAAGGCUCUUGUCAAUACUGCCGAUCAGCUUGCAGAUGAACCCAACAUUCGCCUUGUUACUCUGUUUGAUAAUGAGGAAAUAGGAAGUACAACAGCACAUGGUGCCAAUUCCAACCUGUUGCCAUCCACCCUCAAGAGACUCACUGCUAUGAAGAUCGGAUCUGACAAUGUUUCUGCUACGGCAUUCGAGGAAUCCCUGCACAAGAGUUAUUUGAUCAGUGCUGAUAUGGCACACGCCAUUCAUCCCAAUUAUUCCGAAAAGCAUGAAGACAACCAUCAGGUCGCGAUGCACAAGGGUACUGUCAUCAAGAUCAAUGCUAACCAGCGAUACGCUACUACAGCUGUGACCACUGUGGUUUUGAAGGAACUUGCCAAAACACACAAUAUCCCCGUUCAAGAAUUUGUUGUCCGCAACGACUCUCCUUGCGGUUCUACCAUUGGACCAAUGCUCAGUGCUAAAUUGGGUCUUCGCACAGUUGAUGUUGGUAAUCCACAAUUGAGCAUGCACUCUAUCCGUGAAGUUGGCGGCACUGAAGAUAUCCCCAAUGCUAUUAAGCUCUUCGAUGCUUUCUUCCUCAAGUUUGCUGAGCUUGAUGCAAAAAUUACUGUUGAUUAG